UUUACAAGAUAAACUUUUUAAGUCUAAAAGCUUAUCUAGGUUGCUGAUAUGCUUUGAGUACUUAAUUUUCUUUCCUUAUUGUUGUCUUAAUCGUUGUGUUUAGAAGAAGAAGAAAAGACAUGGAGCUGUUACAUGAAACCACAUCAUCUGCUUCCCCACCCGCCCCAGCUCCGGCUCCCGCUGCCAGUCAUGGUUGUCCAGAGUACGGUGCACCUGUUCCUUGGAUUGGCCUCUACAUUGCAGCUGCAACAAUGGAGAUCCAUGGAGAUGAUCCAACUGAAAUAGGUGAAGAAAGAGUGAGAAAAGCCUUGAAGUUCCUUGGCAAACUUGAGUUGUUAGCCGAGAUUGGGGACAAAAUCAAAUGGUCAUGGCCAGAUAAACUCAACCUUGAUGCUGUUGGUUCUGCUGAAGGAGAUGAUAAUGUUUGAAUGACAAUAUCAGUGUUGCUGCUUAUUCAAUUCCUAGCUUAUUGUUAUAUGUUUCAGAUUUCUAAAUACUACCAUUGUAUUAUAUGUUUGUAAUCAAGGUUUCUAGAAAGUAUUAUGUGUGGUU